CAAUCGGAACCACAACAAACAACCAACCAAAGGGUAAAAAACCCUUUGUAAAGGUGCAAAUCAAUAUACACAAAUAUGGAAACGAAUUUAUAUAAGGGCAGUGUCACAAUAUUUCGCAAUCAGCCGUCAUAUAGGGUAUUCAACAAAUCGAUUGAGCAAGCCGACGACUCACUCUUUACCUUUUUAAACGACAUCGAUUCAGAGUUUUUAAAGGAGGAGCAACCGGGGCCAUCUCAAGUCUUUACAUCCUACGCCUGCGGAUUUACCAGAAGUGAUCCACGCACUCAGGAGCUUAUAAGACGCACUGUUUAUGACCACACAAAGCAACAGUUACCAUAUGAAUUUCCCAAUCCACAGGAACGCCAUUCCGCGCUAAGUGCAGUACAGCAGGCGGCCUGCCUGCGUCUGUUGCUUGCCUGGCAGCAAAACUUAGCUGAGAGCGAGGAUGAUUUUAUUGUUUGGCGUGUCACGAACGGCAAACGCUGCAAAGAGCAGCAGCUAGUACAAAAGCACAUCUACGACUAUGCCAACGCACAGAAGGAGCGACUCUAUGCGCCCAUGAAGCCACUGGUGAUGCACUACUGCAAAUGGUUCGAGAUGAGAAUGCUGCAUCUGCUGCGUGAGCUACCCAAUAGCAGCUACUCAACACACACAGGCCUGCCACAGCUCCAUCAAUGUAAAAGCUUGAAAGAGGAGGCAGCCAGCAUGGAAGAUAUUAAGCUGAUAUGUCGUCGGGGUCAUGUGCGACUCUGGCCAGAUGUGCGCCUGCCGCACCAGGAGCUAAGCACAUUGCGGGUGCGUUUGGAGCGUUAUGCCUAUGCAGGCGUAAAUGACGAGCCCGCUUCACAAUCUGUUGCCGACGCGCUUGAGCGCCAACUGCUGGAAACGGAUGAGGAUGUGUUUGUGUUGCCUCUGGAUGCACUGCUGAUGCUAUUAACGCCUGGCGCAUACGUGGAUUUGCCCACAGAAAUGCUGCUGCACAUAAGUAAUAUUCCCGACAGCGAACACAAGUGCAUUGAGUUCAAGGAGCCACUACCUGCACGCAGCUGCGGCUGGCACACAAACAGUCGCCUCCUGGCGCAGGCCUACACAGCAUACGCACCAGCCAACUGGCUGCAGUUUACCGCCGACGGCGUCGUGCAGCUAUCUAGUGAUAUGCCAGCCGCAGCGCUGAAUGACAAAGUGCAGCCCGCCGAGUACAAACUGUUGCCUAUCGAUGAGGAUGUGCGGCGUAUGACAGAAGCAAGAUCCAACUGUGCGCUGGUCAGCUGGCGUCUGCGUGCUGGGGAGGCGGAUACCGAGGCGGAGCCGGCACUGUUGAUGUACAGCAGCCUUCCGAUAGCGGCCGUGCGCGACGCUACGGCCAAUCAAAUGCUGGGCUGUCAUCUCAUCAAGCUGGAGAACAAGCCAGAUUGCGGCUGUGAGAUCAUGACCAAAUACGAGCUGCUUAGCGCGUGGCUGCAGUUGAAACUGCUCCAGACCGACAAAGGCCAUUGCUCGCGCAUUUCGCUGCAAGAUAUGGCGCCGCUGCUGGAGGAGCCGCUUACACUAGGUGCACUGGAGCAGCAGCUGCACGAAUACUAUCACAUAAGCAUGCCGCAGCAGCUGAGCCAGCUACGCGAGUUCCUGAAACUGCUGCGCAGCGUGACGCCUGGCAGAUAUCUGCUACGUUAUGCAACAAAGUAUAAGGACAAGUUUCUGCUGUGCCAACCUACGCUGGAACCCACACCCACAAGCUUUAAAUUGCACGAUCUGCUGGCGGGUACCUCGCCCAAUGACAUCGACUUUCUCACACAGGCCGCCAGCUAUCUGCCCAUUUCGCCGAAGCUUUGUAGUCGCCUGCACGAACAGCUGCAGCUGUUGCCCUGUGCAUUUCCAGUCAAAGUAGGCGGCGCUCAGCGCUCCAAGAAAAAGGCAAUGAUAAAGAAAAAAUCGAAGGUUGAGGAGCAACCAAGCUUGGUGCAGCGUACGCGCAAGAGGAAGCCAAAGACAAGAGAAAGCCGGCGCAAAAAUUCAAGACAACGUAAGCGGGCUGCUGCCAAGGCACAGAAGGAGCAGGAUAAAGAGCUGGACAAAAUCAUGUGCCUAUAAGGCAAAUUUUGUAUACAUUAACUUUUUGACUUGGUUUUUACCCAAUGUAUUUAAUUUUAAUGAAACAGAAUAGAUCUUACGGCUCUUCCCGGGAAAAAUAAUCUAAGUUGUCAUUACGAGCAAAAUGCCAUUAAAGUUGAUACUGUCUCUUCAAA